AAUAAUAAAAAUAAUUAUAAAAAACAAACAAAAAUUUUGUGAAAAGGAUUCAAGAGCCACGCAGAAAAUACACAAAACAAGUAUGGUAGACGUUAAAGACGAUAUGAUGAACGAGGACACUGAAUCUUAUGGAAGUGCCAAUGCAGCUGACCCCAAAAACGUACAAGAACUUACACAAUAUGUCCAAAGUCUGCUCCAAACAAUCCAAGACAAAUUCCAAAAUAUGUCGGAUCAAAUUCUGACUCGGAUUGAUGAAAUGGGCACUCGCAUAGACGAUCUAGAAAAAAACAUUGGCGAUUUAAUGACGCACGCCGGAGUGGAAGGACCAGACAAAUAAGAUUUUUUUUCUCGCCAUAUCAAAUUUAAGCUGUAUUAAUUUUUUUUGGGUACUCAACAAGUCAGCAAAAUAACUGAUUUGUUUGUAUUUUUAAUAUUUAUUAAGCACAGAGAAUGCCUGAUACACUCUUUGUAAUAAAGCAUUUUUAUGCACUCAUUUUGUGAAAGUUUUAUUAAAAAUUAA